CUCUGAACUUGAGCAGUGGGCAUACGAAGAAACAAAAUCGUUUAUCAAUUGUUUGGAAAAAUAUGUUAAAAGCAUCUCAGAGGUAAGGGGUGGGCUGACCAAUGCCAUAAAAGCUGUGCAGUUUGCAGUCUCGUACUGUUCUUUGUUAGAAAAUCACAACCUGGUGUUGCGACCAUACUUGGUAAGGCAACUGUGCCCUUGCAUGGAAGAGGUUUUACUUCUACAUAUAAACCAAUUUAAGAAGGUGAUUGCUAUCUUCUCCGCCAGUGAUCACUGGGUUCUACAGAGAUAUCUCGUAUCUGGACUUUUUGGUGUAGGAUCACCGUCUCGGCCUGUUGGGCAACAACCGGAAUAUUGCUUGCUAACUUCCAGUGGCCGGAAAUUUAUGACACUAUUGCAGCAGGCCAUAGUAGAAGAUAUAUCUCCUUUAACUGGCCUUAAAAUGGGAAGUUCAGUCAUCAGUGGACUAACGAAGCUCUUCUCAGAGUAUGUUACUAUACUUGAACGAGCCCUCACAUAUGACACGGGUGUAAUAGAGAAAGAUACUUUCAGAAUCAAGCCAGCUGAGUCAGUGUCACAACAGGUUUCUAUUUUGGCAAAUCUGUCAACGUUAGUGCAGUUUCUCAGUAUCAUGGCUGAGAGGGUAUUUAGAAGCACCGUUGACAUAGGUUCAAACUCAGUGGAAAACCAUUCGGUCGCCUAUCAGCACGCGGAGCUUGAUGAUUUUGUAUUAUCUAUUGAAGAAAGUUCUAAUAAGUUGAGACAUCAAUUCUGCCAGCAGUUCAUAUUCAGAGUACUGUCUCCUCAUAGAAGCCAUGAAAUUACUCUAGCCGCUCACGAUAAAGAACAGUGUGAUGCUAACACAAUCCCCAAUUUAAUGCCCUCUGGUGUUCUUCAGUUUUUAUUUCUAGAAAUGAGGAAAUUGGAGCAACUUGCUGAAGGAAACGUUUUGGAAGUGGAUUGGUUGACGGACUUGCUUAGAGAGAUGAUGGAGUCCAUCUUUAUCUGGGUUUCCCAAAACAAGAACAUUCUCGGAAGUGCAGAAGAGAAUACAAGUUCAGAACAUGAUGACCCCAAGCAGUUUGUUCUGGAUGUGCAAUUCUUGAUGGAAAUUGCAAUGUAUGGAGGAUAUUUUUCCAAUGAUCCCUUGGUACUUCUCUCGCUCAUGAAAUCAACCUUUCAUUCAGCAGGACUCGAUCCUUUCAGAGAUGUCGAUAACGACGGAUGGACGAUUGAUGCUGCUACGUGGACGAUCCAAAUGCUGCUGGAGAUUGAGAAAACAAAUUUUCCCCACAAGGAGCACGUGGUUACACUUGAAGAGGCGUUACAUGAGGCCGAUCGAUCCGCACAUACUGGUGCUUUUUCUCAGGAAGAGGAUUCAUAUUCUUCAGAGAAUGACGUAGAUACAGAGGAAGAUGAAAUUGGCAAAGAUGUGUCGGAAAUUGCUAUCGAUUCAGAAACGGUUUCACCGAACAUGGAAGAAUCGUUAGGUCUUGUAGAAAGGGAGAGAGAUUUUGUUGAUAAAAACACUCGUACUGAAUUGGAGAAUACUGAAUAUGAAAAAGAAACUGAUGCAGAACAUGAUGGAAUAUUGUCUCCAGCAUCUCCAGGCGCGUCUGUGGCUGGCGAAAGGGUAGAUGGACCCAACAUUGGGACGCAAGGGACUGAAGAUUCUGUUAAAAAAGUAGGUUAAGAGGAUGGAGAGGGUGUUGAGCUUCAUGUUCAGUGAGAUGACCAAAAGAUUCUGUAAGGAAGACUUUGGUGAAGAGAAGUCGCUGAGGCCCAUAGGAAUAAGGAUCAAAGCUUUAGGAGAAUAAGAACAAGCAAGACCAACCGCAG